UUUUUUAAUCAAGAGCAAGAUCCAUUAAUUCUAUUAUGAGGCCAACAUUUUCUGUUUCGAGGGUUUCAAAGAAUUUAGGGUUUUCUAUUGUUUAGUUCUGUUUGUUGUACUGAUUUUAUCAAAAGAAAUGCCAUUCUGUGGUGUCUUCUGAUAAUUUACAGCUACCUGGGAAUUCUUGUGUGAAGACAUCAUUCCAGGAUUGCCAGAUGACUUAGCUUUGAGGUGCUUGGCAAAGAUACCACAUGGAUAUCAUGGAAUUUUGGAAACUGUGUGUAAAAAAUGGAGGCACAUUUUAAGGAGUUCGGAAUACUCUCUUGUAAAAUCUGAGGAAGGUUAUUGUGGUAACUGGUUGUUUGUUUCCACAGAAAAUGGAUUUUGUUCUCAGUGGAUUGCGUAUGAUCCAGAUGCUAAUAAAUGGCAUCCUAUGCCCGAAUUACCUGGGGAGGUUUUUGGUGCAAUCCGCCAUGGGUUUUCAUGUGUUAGUAUAUCCAAGAGAUUCUUAGUGAUUGGUGGAUAUUUUCAAUCCCUCCUAUCUAUUGCUUCAAAAUUUUCUGCAAUGAAUGAUGUAAUAAAAUUUGACCCAUUCAAGAAGCAGUGGAGUAGGGCAGCAUCUAUGCGAACGGCAAGGAGCAACUUUGCAUGUGCUGUCAUUGGUGGAAACGUUUAUGUGGUUGGAGGGUGUAGUUCGUCUGAAACUGGCUGCCUAGCUUUAGCUGAAGUCUAUGAUCCUUUAGAGGACAGGUGGGAGGACAUACCUCCGAUGCCAACACCACGCUGGAAGUGCAUUGGCUUGUCACUCAAAGGCCUGCUUUACGUAAUUGAUGGUGAGGAUGAAAAUCACUUGCCCCAAUGUGAGGUUGAGAUCUACGACCCAGUCAAAAAGACUUGGCACCAUGGUCAUGAUUCUUGGCUCCAUUCUCGGCCUAUGAUACCUCCUCUUUUUGUAUUGGGAGAUUGCAUCCUCAACUUAAAUGAUCGACAUCUGAACUACAUAAUGAUCCGAGAAGCCGAGGUCAGCAAAGAUGCCACGAAUGGCAGCUGGCGUGUGGUUGGUUGUGUUCCCAAAGUGUUGGUUCAUGGCCAUGAUCGUGAACUUGUGCCAUUCAAAUUUAGGGUGGCCAAACUAGGGCAGGAAAUGUAUGUUGUGGGGGGGCAUGCUCUCAAGUAUUUGCAGCUCAUGAGGUUCCAGAUUGUGAAGCUGAAUACGGUGAGAGCAUUCACUAUUGGAGUGGACAAGAGGGUGGAGUGGAAAGAAGUGGCGCCCAUGUGUUUGUCACAGGUAUCUGUUAUUAAUUGUGGGGCUCUAGAGGAAUGAAUGACAGGUAUAACAAUCCAGAGUUUUAAAACUCAGACUCGGCCGCCAACUCGGUGGGAUCGGAUCUUUAAGCUAUCAUCUUGGUAAAACAUAUUGGGGAAGAAUUUUCAUAGUGGCGAGACCACCC